AUGUAGUUGUUAAGAGUUUUUCUUAUCCGACACGGACAAUCUAUGUAUCAAAGUCUAAAAAUUGUUUCAGGCAAGAAUGAAUUUGGUUUGAGUGGAUUAGGCAUAGUCUAAUCUAAAAGAGCUGGCACUCUAUUACAAUCUGUAAAAUUUGAUUAAGUCUACACUAGUGAUUAUAAGAGGUAUUAUAAUAAAUAGAUUAAAGAUGUAUAGAAUCUUAUUCUCAUAUUGAGAGUCAGUUGAAUUAAAAACCAAGAGUCAUUACAUAUACACCAUUAUUAAGGGAAGUUGAUUAAGGGGAGGAAAUAUUAAAGUCUUAUUAGGAUGUUUAUGUCUUAGCUAAACCUAAAUAUUCCCCAAUUUUAAAUGUUGAAAUCUAAGAAAGAGUAGAAACCUUUGUUAAUCAACUGAUUAGAGAUUAAAUAUACAAAAAAUCUUAUAAAUUUGUAAUUAAUUAUAUAACAUUAGUUUUCAUAUAGAGAUUAAUUAGGAUCAUAAAUCGAUAUAAAUAACUUAUACCACCCUUCAGUUUAAUAGUUUAGCUCUUAUUCAAAGGGAUCAAGGAUGAUUAAUGUAUUGGUUUUAAGUCAUGCUGGAUUUAUAGCAGAAACUCUAAGAUAUCUAUAUUAAAGGCAUAAUUCUCUUUAAUUUAAUAUUGAAUACCCAUGUAUAUAUGCUAGAAAUGGAGCUAUAUUUUAAUUAGACUUCUAAAUAAAUGAUUUAGAAAAUUGGAAUUGCAAUGUAUCAAUGAUGAACUCAAAAAGAAAAAUAAAUACUCCUUUUGAUUCCAUUAAUUGA